UUUUAAAAAAAAUUAUAUCAGUCUCUAAUGCAUUUGAUGUUGAAGAACGUCUUACAAUCACUUCUGCUUGUCACUGCCGAAAAACUGCUUCAAUAUCCCUUUAAACAAUUUAUGCUGCUUUUUUUAUUUUUAAUUUUUUACAUCAUUCAAGUCCAAUUUCAGACAGACUCACAAACAAACAUCUGCAAUGAAUGCGACAAAAAACCUUUGCUGCAGAUUCAUGGUUGAAGAUACAUCUUAACUGAUGUCGGAUGACAGUUUGAGGACAGCGAUGAUUAUAGUUUUAUUGAGCUAUUUUAUUUAUACAGAAGUUUACAUACACUUAGGUUGAAGUCAUUAAAACUCAUUUUUUAACCACUCCACAGAUUUAAUAUUAGCAAACUAUAGUUUUGGCAAGUCGUUUAGGACAUCUACUUUGUGGAUAACACGAGUAAUUUUUCCAACAAUUGUUUACAGACUGUUUGUUUCACUUUUAAUUGACUAUAUCACAAUUCCAGUGGGUCAGAAGUUUACAUACACUAAGUUAACUGUGCCUUUAAGCAGUUUGGAAAAUCCAGAAAAUGAUGUCAAGCCUUUAGACAAUUAGCUUCUUAUAGGAGGUGUACUGAAUUGGAGGUGUACCUGUGGAUGUAUUUUAAGGCCUACCUUCAAACUCAGUGCCUCUUUGCUUGACAUCAUGGGAAAAUCAAUAGAAAUCAGCCAAGACCUCAGAAAAAAAAAUUGUGGACCUCCACAAGUCUGGUUCAUCCUUGGGAGCAAUUUCCAAAUGCCUGAAGGUACCACAUUCAUCUGUACAAACAAUAGUAUGCAAGUAUAAACACUAUGGGACCACGCAUCCAUCAUGCCGCUCAGGAAGGAAAUGCAUUCUGUCUCCUAGAGAUGAACGUAGUUUGGUGCGAAAAGUGCAAAUCAAUCCCAGAACGACAGCAAAGGACCUUGUGAAUAUGCUGGAGGAAACAGGUAGACAAGUAUCUAUAUCCACAGUAAAACAAUCCUAUAUCGACAUAACCUGAAAGGCUGCUCAGCAAGGAAGAAGCCACUGCUCCAAAACUGCCAUAAAAAAUCCAGACUACAGUGUGCAAGUGCACAUGGGGACAAAGAUCUUACUUUUUGGAGAAAUGUCCUCUGGUCUAAUGAAACAAAAAUGGAACUGUUUGGCCAUAAUGACCAUCAUUAUGUUUGGAGGAAAAAGGGUGAGGCUUGCAAGCCGAAGAACAUCAUCCCAACCGUGAAGCAUGGGGGUGGCAGCAUCAUGUUGUGGGGGUGCUUUGCUGCAGGAGGGACUGGUGCACUUCACAAAAUAGAUGGCAUCAUGAGGAAGGACAUUGAUGUGGAUAUAUUGAAGCAACAUCUCAAGACAUCAGUCAGGAAGUUAAAGCUCGGUCGCAAAUGAUUCUUCCAAAUGGACAAUGACCGCAAGCAUACCAAAAGUUGUGGCAAAAUGGCUUAAGGACAACAAAGUCAAGGUAUUGGAGUGGCCAUCACAAAGCCCUGACCUCAAUCUGAUGGAAAAUUUGUGGUCAGAACUGAAAAAGCGUGUGCGAGCAAGGAGGCCUACAAACCUGACUCAGUUACACCAGUUCUGUCUGGAGGAAUGGGACAAAAUUCCAGCAACUUAUUGUGAGAAGCUUGUGGAAGGAUACCCAAAACAUUUGACCCAAGUUAAACAAUUUAAAGGCAAUGCUACCAAAUACUAACAAAGAGUACGUAAACUUCUGACCCACUGGGAAUGUGAUGAAAGAAAUAAAAGCUGAAAUAAAUCAUUCUCUCUCUAUUAUUCUGACAUUUCACAUUCUUAAAAUAAAGUAGUGAUCCUAACUGUCCUAAGACAGGGAAAGUUUUCUACGAUUAAAUGUCAAGAAUUGUGAAAAACUGAGUUUAAAUGUAUUUGGCUAAGUUGUAUGUAGACUUCUGACUUCAACUGUAUAACACCCUCAGUAAUGGGUGUGAUUGGGAUUGGAGACACAAUCUGAUUGCCAUGACACAUUUGAUUAGAUCACAGAGGAUGCAAAAUUGGGCCUGAUGAGGAACAAACAAGUGCAACAGAAAACGACUUGGCCGCCCAAUGUGUCAGAGUUUAGUCGGAUACUUUCAAUGGCCAGACUUAAAAAUGUUUACAGCAGAGCAUAACUAAGAUUAUAUUUGCCAUCUUUCAGGAAUAGAAAUCAAGAUGUCAAAAGCUUUUCUUAACAUGGGAACCCUGUUCAUUAAAGUAGUUCACUCAAAGUGAAAAUACUGUCACCCUUUUAAGUUCUAAAAACUAAAAUGUCAUCUUGACUUUAGAAGAGCACAUACAGCACAUGGGUCACACAGAUAUCUUUGCAGGGUUUUUUCUUGGUGUUUUUGGUCCUUUUUGGACAGCUACACUCAGUAAUAACUCUCAUUGUAUGGAGUGUAUCUAUACUGCAGAAAUAGUAACAGUAUUAUGGUUGUAUGCUAUUCCAAACAUUAAAAAAGCUAAAUAUUACGAAUUACAUGCACUACGACAUGGAUUGGCCUGUCUGAUAAUGCCAGAUGCCUGCCCGCAAUACCAAAGUAUUACUUCAAUGUGCAGUCUCAUAUGUCAGAGUAAAUUACUGGGUUACUGUCAUUAAAUGUCUCACAUUUGAAGAAGUGAAACGGGCAAAAGCAGAAGUUCAGGAACAAUUUGACUCUGAUCACCAGUUUCCUAAGACACUAAACAUCCACCUCUCAGCUAAACUCAACAGCAGACAGAUUCACUCAUGUGAGAAAGAUGAUGGCAUCAGGUGGGUGGUUGGUGGCAGUUUAUCUUACAUGUUUCCUCCCAUCUAACAUUCUGGCCAUUGAGAGAGUCAUAGUGAUUUAUUCAUCUCAGAACCUGUCCUCGGUUCCCGAUGACCUCAAGUUCUUUACAGAGGAUUUAGAUCUGUCCCUGAAUUACAUCCAGGUGUUGAGGAGCCAAGACUUCAGCAAAACCCCUAGACUCCAUUUCCUAAAUCUGUCCUGGAAUAUACUGGAGGAUAUAGACAGCAACACGUUUACCUCGACCCCUGCUUUAGAAAUUUUGGACUUGUCACACAACAGACUCCAAAACCUCUCCAAUCAGCUGUACUUACUUCAUGCAGGAAAUCUGCAGUUUUUGGACCUGUCGUACAACAUGUUUUCUGUUAUGGCACUAGGGAGGGAAUUUUCUACCCUCAGAAACCUGCAGUGGCUGGGCCUGAGUGCGCAAUCAAUCCAUAAUGAAGACUUUGCCAACAUCGCUAAUCUUACCCUCAAAACCUUCUUUAUUAAUGUUGGCGAGACAAAGACCUAUGAGGAGAGCAGUCUAAAGGGUGUAAAUGCAGAUAAGGCAGUUAUUGCUCUGUCCAAAAGGGAGCUUGAUCAUGCAAUCGCUGCCGACGCCUUCGCAACUUUUCAAGAGCUGGAAUUCACUGAAGUUGACAGCGAGAUGAAGUUCCUCCAGCCGCUAUACCAGUGAGGAACCAUACGCACCGUUAACCUGGAAUUCUCCAAGGUGAUUAGUACCUGGAAAGAGUUGACAAGUUGUAUGAAUACAGUGCUAAUGUCUUCAAUUCGACAGCUUUCUUUAUCAGACAUUACCAUCACUAACAUGAACGAUGGUACGCCUGUGUUCCAGGGAAACGGAUUAGAUUUAUUUUCGGCAAGAAAAGCGUCAGUUACUGUAUUCAUCUUCAACCAAGAGGAGCUCUAUGACUUCUUCAUAAACAUGCCAUCAAGGAAUCUCAGCUUUACACAAACGCCCAUCGUCCAUAUGACCUGUCCAAAGGCUGUUAGCAAGAUCGAGGCUUUGGAUUUGUCUGAUUGUGCCCUUACAGAAAACGUCUUCUCUCUCGGUCCAGAUAACGAAUGCGGUACACUGACAAACCUUGAAACGCUGGUUCUGAGGGGCAAUAAUCUCAGACAUCUUAGACCACUGACCUUAAGAAUUAAUCUCAUGAACUUGCUGAAAUAUGUUGACUUUAGCCAGAAUACACUUACCUAUGCAGAGGAACAGGGCAGGUGUGUCUGGCCUUCCCAACUAGUCCAUGUGGAUUUAUCAUCCAAUGGGUUUGACCAGAACGUGUUUAAGUGUUUGCCCAGGUCCAUAAGAAUUCUUAACCUCCGGAAUAACCAUGUCACCACAGUACCUGCAGAUACACCUCUUUUAUACAAGUUGAGCAUUCUGGACCUAACGGGGAAUCGCUUAUUGGACCUUCCCACCUGUCAAACAUUCCCGAACCUGCAGAAGCUCUUGGUAAGAUCAAACUCCCUCCACUCACCUUUACCAGGAGUCCUCAAGACUUGUCCACAACUUCAAGCUCUGGAUGCAAGUCGUAACCCCUUCAUAUGCACUUGUGCUUUGCGUGAAUUCUCAGGCCUCAUCAAUGACCAAGCUACGCAGCAUGAAAGAGAGAAUCCUGGCCUGAUUCUGGGGCACUGGCCAGACAGCUACCUAUGCAGUUAUCCAGAAUCCUGGAGCAAUACCAUGUUAAAAGACUUCUACCUCCCAGAGAUCUCUUGCAAUGUGUGGAUUCUGGCCAUUUCUAUUUUGAUCCCAACCAUCACUUUGGUAAUUGCUGUCAGCCUUCUUUGCCAUCAGUUGGACGCCCCAUGGUACCUCAAGAUGAUGUGGAAAUGGACUCGAGCCAAGCACCAUGCAAUAACAUCUCAGGAAAGAGCAGAGGACAUGGAAGGGGUGUGCUUCCAUGCUUUUGUAUCAUACAGCCAGAAGAAUUCUGAGUGGGUAAAGGGUCAACUAUUGCCCAAACUUGAGGGCGAGGACCCGAACACAAUCCACAGUGGGUUGCGACUGUGCCACCACGAACGGGACUUCAUCCCAGGUAAGACAAUUGUUCAGAACAUUCUGCGUUGCAUUGAGCAGAGUAGAAGAUGUGUCUUCGUGCUGUCAUCUCACUUCGUCCAGAGUGAAUGGUGCCAUUAUGAGCUCUACUUUGCCAAUCACCAGAGGGUAACUCGAGGGUUGGACAGCAUCAUUCUUAUUCUGCUGGAACCUCUGCCAGUAUAUCUUAUUCCCUCCAAGUACUACCAGCUCAAGGCCAUGAUGUCCAGACGUACGUACUUAGAGUGGCCACAGGAAGGCACCAAACAGAAACUCUUUUGGGCAAACCUCAGAGCAGUCCUGCAGGCCGACCUUCCCAUACCACCAGAGACAGAAGAGGAGUGAGGAAAGAGAAAGAUAGAAACAGGGUUCCCAAGGUUCUUUUGAUCACCUCCUUAAGGAAGAGCACUUUUUGUCCCAAAAGAUUAUAUUCUAUUAAUAUUGGCCGCCCAAUGAGUCAUAGACUAUAGUCGGUUACUUUCAAUGGCCAGACUUAAAAAUGUUUAGAGCAGAGCAUAACUAAGAUUAUACUUGCCAUCUUCCAGGAAUAGAAAUCAAGAUGUCAAAAGGUUUUUGGACAGCUACGCUCAGUUAUAACUCUUGUUGUAUGGAAAAAAACUAUUCUCGUUUUGUGUUCCACAGAAAAAUGAAAUUAGGUUAAAUAAUG